UAUUGUUGUUGUGUUUGGUGUUAUGUUGUGAAACACACAACUUGCACUUCUCAUACUCUGCAGAGACGAGAGAGAAAGAAAGAGAGAGAGAGAAGCGCCUCUCACUCCUACUUCACUCUCACUCUUCUACUGCCAGACCACGUGAACCUACAAUGGACUCGCGCGCACAGUAUAAUCCUCGCACCGUUGAAGAAGUUUUUAGGGAUUUCAAGGGUCGUCGAGCUGGUCUCAUCAAAGCUCUCACCACUGAUGUUGAAGAUUUCUAUAACCAAUGUGAUCCUGAUAAGGAGAAUUUGUGCUUAUACGGCUUUCCUAGUGAGCAGUGGGAAGUUAAUUUACCUGCUGAAGAAGUUCCACCGGAGCUUCCCGAGCCUGUGCUCGGAAUUAACUUUGCCAGGGAUGGCAUGCAAGAAAAAGAUUGGCUGUCUUUAGUUGCUGUUCAUAGCGAUUCAUGGUUACUUGCUAUUGCCUACUAUUUUGGAGCCAGAUUCGGGUUUGACAAAUCUGACAGGAAACGCCUUUUCAAUAUGAUCAAUGAACUGCCAUCGAUAUUUGAAGUUGUUACUGGUACAGCAAAGAAACAGGUUAAGGAGAAGUCUUCAGUUUCAAACCACAGUGGAAGCAAAUCCAAGUCCAGCUCAAAAGUGCAGCGAGCUUCAGAACCCCAGGUUAAGCAGACAAAGGCGUUAGAACCUAAAGACGAGGAAGAAGAACUGGAUGAGGAAGAUGAAGAUGAACACGGAGAGACCUUAUGUGGUGCAUGCGGUGAGCAUUAUGGAACAGACGAAUUCUGGAUUUGCUGCGACAUCUGUGAGAAGUGGUUCCAUGGGAAAUGUGUGAAGAUCACACCUGCCAGGGCUGAGCAUAUCAAGCAAUACAAGUGUCCAUCAUGCAGUAACAACAAGAGAGCUCGCCCAUAAUGAGGCCAACAAUGCUUGGAUCGUUUUGUGAUCGUGUUGUUGUUCUGUUGUUUCUCGUUCUAGAUGUUGAAGUUAUUGGAUAGUUUCUGUUUGGCACAUUUCGUAGGUGUUUGUUUUUUCUAGUUUAUUAUAGAAUUGUGCUGCGCUGUGCUGUGCUGUGGUGGUUUUGUUGAUGUUGUUGUCAGCUGCAAUUCAGUUGAUGACUUGUUGUGUUUGUUCAAUUUAUGUAGUUUAUGAAUUGUGGUGACUUUGGAAAGUGAAAUCUUUUCCUCAAUGUUAAAGAGGAAAACUAGGAUAAUGAAACAGAAAUUUAUUUUAAA